AUGCGCGGCGACCUGACCGCGCGCCGCUACCACGAUCUGGUCGUGGGGCUGGGCCUGCUGCCGCUUGUGGCGCAGCUGGCGGAGCUGUGCCCCGACGCGGCGCGCAGGGAGGGCCUGCUCGCCGCGCACAAGGCGUUCCUGCAGUCAUCGCGCGCGGCCGACGCGGCGGCGCUUGGCGCGGGCUGGGUGCCGCCCGAGGCGGGGCUGGCGGCGGCGGCGCGCGCAGAGGCGCGGGUGCCGUGGGCGUGCGCUGCGUGCACGCUGGUCAACGCGCCGAGCAGCCACGCGUGCGAGGUGUGCGGCGCGCCGCGGGGGGCGGCGGCCGCGGCGGCGGCGGUACAGCAACGGCAGCGGCAAAACCAGCAAUCGCCGCAGGCGCCGUCUGGGCGGAUGACGGCUGCUGCGCUUGUAGCAUCAAAUCCGUGGAGCAGCGCAGCAGCUGCCGGCGGCGGCGGCGGCGGCGGCGGUGCCGGCAGCGGUGCCGGUAGCGGCAGCGGCAGUGGCAGCAGCAGCACGCGGCCCGUUACGCCUCCACAGGCGCCCGCGCCGCCGCGACCGGCGGACUUCCCGACUCUGGGCGGCGGCUCCUCGCGCGCCGGCGCCGGCGCUGGUGCGUCGAGUGGAGCAGGGCCGAGCGCGGCGGCUGUGCCCCUGGACGAAGACCUAGAUGUGGAGCCCGACGAGGGCCCCAGCAGCGGCAAGGGCAAGAAGAAGAAACCGGUGAAGCAGUCGCUGCAGCAGCUGCUGGCCGCCGGCCGCUCCGCGCCCGGGAACGCCUGGAGCCAGCCGCAGCGCACAGCGCAGCUGGGGGUGGUGCCGGCGGUUGCCCAGCCCAAGGGCGCGUGGGGGGCCAAGUCUGGGGGAGGAGAGAAGCUUUCCAAGCAGCUUCGGGCGACCGGCCUGGGUGAUAGCUGA